AUGUCUACAGCGCCGGAGACGAACACCCUUCGUGACAUUCUACGUAGAGAUGCUAACACGGAGCGGGCCCUAACCAUCACUUGGCAGCAGAUCACUGAUCUAGCUAUGAACACAACUGAUUGGGAUAAGAAAGAGUUGCCUCUGUUUAUCAAAAUACUCGUGCCCUGGAUGAGUAAUCCUCCCAGUGCCUUGUCGUUUUGCUUAUGGGCGGGGAGAUAUGACCUGGCCUGUAAAUUCGUCGGUAUGAUUGCUGAUGACCAAGUCUCUAUUGGCUCUGCUGUGCCAUGGAGUGUCCGCAAGGGCUUGGAUGGCUGCAACCCUACCCAGUCAACAGCUCAUGCGGACAAUGGCGAUGGUGAUACAGAGUCUCUGCUGCAACUGGAUCAAUUAGUGCAUCUCCUGGAAUCACCGGUCUUCACUAGAUUGCGGCUAGAACUACUCCCUAACUCUUAUCUUAUCGAGGCUCCGGACAGGAUAAAACGGCAGAGUCUGCUCGAUUGCCUCGUAGGUUUGGUAAUGCUCGUCCCACAGAACACUAGAGCCUUUCAGUUGCUCAAGAGGAGGCUCGAUGUAGUUUAUAAAGCAUUCGCUAUGUCUCGUCCAGUUUGA